AGUAACUGAGACCUCACCGCGUUGCCCCAGCACCAGGACUCGCGGGGUUCCCGCGAGGGUCUCGGCAGCCGCGCGCCCCGAGACCCCCGCCGCGGCCCGAUUCUCUGAGCGCCAGGCAUGAACCGCAAGAAGCUGCAGAAGCUGACGGACACCUUAACUAAAAAUUGCAAGCAUUUAUUCCGAGGUUUUGAUAAAGAUAAUGAUGGCUGUGUAAAUGUAUUGGAGUGGAUUCAUGGAUUAUCACUAUUUCUUCGAGGAUCUUUGGAAGAAAAAAUGAAAUAUUGCUUUGAAGUGUUUGAUUUGAAUGGUGACGGAUUCAUUUCAAAGGAGGAAAUGUUUCACAUGUUGAAGAACAGCCUUCUCAAACAGCCAUCUGAGGAAGACCCUGAUGAAGGAAUUAAAGAUUUGGUUGAAAUAACACUUAAGAAAAUGGAUCAUGACCAUGAUGGGAAGCUGUCUUUUGCAGACUAUGAACUGGCUGUGAGAGAAGAGACUCUUCUAUUGGAGGCCUUUGGGCCAUGUCUUCCUGAUCCAAAGAGCCAGAUGGAAUUUGAAGCUCAAGUAUUCAAAGAUCCAAAUGAAUUCAAUGAUAUGUGAAUACCUAAAUGUGUAUAUUGUCUCAAGUGACAACGUGCUAUCAGCCCUCGCUCGGUCUUGGCGCCUCCUUGGCCUCGAAGUCCACUCUGUCCACGCUUGAGGAGCCCUUCGGCCUGCCACUGCACUGUGGGAUCCCCUCUCUGGGCAGGCCGAGGCCAGAGCCGGCUCCCUCUGCUUGUGGGGAGGUGUGGAGGAAGAGGCACAGGCUGGAACCGGGGCUGUGCGUGACGCUUAUGGGCCAGCACGAGUUCUGGGUGGGCACCGGCUCGGCUGGCCCUGUACUUGGAGCCGCCGGCCAGCCGGCACCAACCCCGGGCAGUGAGGGGCUUAGCACCCGGGCCAACAGCUGCGUAGGGUGCGCCACGUCCCCCAGCACUGCUGGCCUGCCUGAGCAGCACUCGAAUUCUUGCCAGGCCUCAGCUGCCUCCCCCCGAGGCAGGGCUCGGGACCUGCAGCCUGCCAUGCCCGAGCCCUGCCCGACCUGCCCGGGUGGGCUCCCGCUCCGCUGGAACCUCCCCGACGGGCGCCACCCCCUGCUCCGCAGUACCUGGUCCCAUCGACUGCCCAAGGGCUGAGGAGUGCGGGCAUGCAGCUUACAGCUUACUAAGCUUCUCUAAACCAAUCAUUUUGAAUUAUUUGUCAGGAAAUUCAAGGAUUUCCAUUUCUUUGGGGUUGGUUACUGAAAAAUCAGUCAUGUUUCAUUGGUUUUAUAUGUUUCUUGUAGCUUUGCAUUUAUAUCUACACACGAAGGAGCAGUCACCUCUUCCACACUUUUAUGGGCUGGCUUUGGUGGGGAAAGACCUUCACCUAUUGGUGGGUAUGAAGGCACCAGCUGGGGUGUGACAGCUCUGGCUCCAGGUGGAUAAAUCUUGGACUCUGGGCAGCUUAAUCAGCUGGGGUCAGCAUCAGUGAAGACUGUGGGCACCGUCAGUCAUUAAAAACUGUGGGUGUCCAUGAUGGUGACAAAAGCUGCUGGGGUCCUUGGUGGUGAAGCCUGCUGGACUUCUCUGCUCUCCUUUUUCCCCACAGAGAGAGGUCACAGCCAAAAUGAUCCCCUUUGUUGCCAAGCUGUGCCAGGGUAGAAGAUGAGGUGAUGCAGAUAAAAUGCUUCCAACACUUUUAUAUACAGCUGUCCUUGGUUUGGAGGUGCUUUAAUGGGUUCCUGCAGCUUCUUCACUGUACUCUGGAGUAUUCCCAGAGCUAUUUUUGUUGGCAAGUAGCUGUUAAAUUCUUGCUUUUGUUGGGGAGACAAGAGCUGGGAUCUCCUAGUGUAUCAUCUUGAUAUUACUUGUCUGCUUUUAAUUUUUUAACUAAUUUUUCUGAUUACAAAGUAAUUGAGGUUCUCUGAAGGAUAUUUCAGAUAUUUAGGAAAUUUUAAAAUAAGAUGAAAAUAUUGAUUAAUAUUCUGGUGUAAAUCCUUCCAGACUUUUACAAUGCAUUUAUAAGUACACCUACAUUUUUGCAAAGAGAAUACUGUAUUUUUCAGAUGAUCAUAUUGAAAAUGCACUUUUGUCUUGGUGUACUACUAUUUUGUGAACAUUUUUUGAGGUCAUUAUUUGUCUGUAGCUUGCCUUGUAAUGGCUGCCUGGUAUUCCAUCAUGACUGACUUUAUUAAACCACUUUCCUGCCAUUGA